UACCUCGCGUGGCCAACGGCUCACUUCACCGACUGUCUGUUCAUUGAAACACCCUGCGCCGCGGACUCAACUAAAUUUAUGGGAAAUAUUUGAAAACCAAUACGCAUUUACAAAUACAAUCACUUCUUCGUCCCUGUGAACGUCCGAUUGCGGUGGAGGGCUGUGCAUUGUCGGGUCGCUGGCAGGGUUCGGUCGGGGAGGCAGGGGGAAGUGAUGAUGGAGCUGGAGACGGCCAGUAACAGAGGCGAACUGGGAGCUAUGGGGGACUCUCUGCAGCCACAAACACCCAGCAGACACGAAAAGAGCUUAGGACUGCUCACGACUAAGUUUGUUACGCUACUACAGGAGGCCAAAGACGGAGUUCUUGAUCUCAAAGCUGCAGCUGACACAUUAGCAGUGCGGCAAAAGCGGCGCAUUUACGAUAUCACUAAUGUCCUGGAGGGAAUUGGACUGAUAGAGAAGAAGUCCAAGAACAGUAUUCAGUGGAAGGGUGUUGGUCCUGGAUGCAACACAAGAGAAAUUGCAGAUAAACUGAUAGAUCUCAAGGCUGAACUUGAUGACCUCGCUCUCAGGGAACAUGAGCUGGACCAGCAGAGAGUGUGGGUCCAACAAAGCAUCAAGAAUGUCACAGAUGACUCCAAUAACAGUCCUAUGGCUUAUGUAAAACACGAAGAUCUCUGUGGAGUUUUCAAAGGUGACACACUUCUUGCGAUCCGUGCUCCAAUUGGUACACAACUAGAGGUGCCCAUCCCUGAAACUGUGGUUAAUGGACAAAGGAAAUAUCAGAUUCGUCUCAAAAGUUCAUCUGGGCCUAUAGAAGUAUUGUUGGUCAAUAAGGACCCAUCCAGUGCCUCUCCUGUAGUUUUGCCUGUUCCUCCUCCAGAUGAUGUUCUCCAGAGUCUUCCAGCCCCUACCUCACAGACCCCCGCUGCAGCCUCACAGCAGAUCUCCAAAACAGGUGUUACACCUUCAAUCAAAUCUGGUUCCACUCCAACAUCAGUUAGUGCGACCAGCCUCCCGACCAAAACAACAGAACCAACAACCACGUCUCCCCUCACCCCGACAACAGAGACUCCUACAGUUGGUCAGCAACUUCAGUCGUCUGCUUCUUUGGACAGUUCAGCGUCAUCUGCCUCUGCAGUAUUUGAGCCCAUCAAGUCAGAUCCCUCUGAACUGUUGGACUUUCCCAAAGAACUGUCUGAGAUGUUUGAUCCCACAAAAGAGAUUAUGGGGGGAGAUUUAUUGGAAGACCUAAUGUCCUCUGAAGUGUUUUCGCCGCUCCUCCGUCUGUCCCCACCACCUAGUGACCAUGACUACAUUUAUAACCUGGAUGAGACUGAAGGCCUGUGCGAUCUAUUUGAUGUCCCAAUAUUAAACCUCUGACCUCAAAGAGUCUUCUGAGAAACUUCUUCAAACACGCUUUUGUACCCUGUUUUUGUAUCUCGCUCAUGGACAGUGAGUUCAAAGAGGUGCGUAAAAGACAAUGUUGCUGUGACCAGCACUCAAGCUCGCCUCCCUUGGACUAAACCCUGCCUGAGUUGUAUAGAAGUAAAAAUCUCACAAGGAUUUGAUUCAGACAAAUGAUAAUCUAUUUUUGGAUUAUUGUGUAUGUUUCUAUCUUGUAUCAUGUAUGCCUGAGUGAAUGUGUGGGUGUUUUUACAUGUUUCAGAUGUUCCUAUCAGGUCAAUAAUCAAGAAAUGGUGAGCACAGCUUUUCAGUGGCAGCUGCUCUUGCAUGGCAUGAAUACGUUCAAAUACAGGUGUAAAGUAUGCACUGUCCUCUUGUAUAUAGAAAAAUAUAUUUUGUAAAACUAACACAAUAUUAUUGUGUAGUAACCAUAUAAAUUUGUAUAAAGGUUGUUAUAUAAAUAGUUUGAUACCAGUGUAAAAAAUGCUGUGUAUCUUUGAAUAUGUUGUUUUUAAGCUUUAGUGAUGAAACACUGUGAAUGCAGUGUGAUUUAUAAGUCAUGACAUGAUAAUGCUGAUGAACUACACAGACAUGCUAAGGGCAUGACAAAGGACCAAAACACUGCAGGGGUUUAUACAAAUGUUUUACAUGUUUGCAGAUCACAUCAGCUCUACUGCAUAUGAGACUGUGUUGAACAGACUAAAUGUGUUUGACUGUUCAUUUUUUCUUUCUUUCUGUUGUACAUCAGAGAUAGUUCCCACAGUAAUAUUGUAUGUGUAGAAACAUUGUGUAUGUAAAACAUUUCUUUUCACUGAUUCAGUGAGCAUAGUCACCAAGUCUAAAUAAUCACUUUUUAUAUUUGCGCGUCUUUGUAUAUUUUUGGCACAUUUUUGUUUUUUUGAUUUACUGUACCUUCUGUUUAUCUUUGUUUGAUGCUGCCCUUCCUCUUUUCUCAGUACAGUGGACAGAUGUGCAGCAAUUCACAAGUGAUGGGUGCAUUAACUUACAAAUGUUGCCAUAAUUCAUCAUGAUCCUACACUGUCUUUCAUGAAAUGUUUUGAGUUAAAGCGCUCUGCCAUGCUUUUGUUCAAAUUGCAGCUUGUAUAGUAGCAUUUAUUUUUUAUACUUGCUUGAUACGACAGGGUUGUGGGCUUUUUGGCUAAGGUUGGACAUAAUCUCUAAGAACUUAAUUUCCCCUUUAUCAAUGCAUCUGGAUUGAUUGAAGCACUUUACAUCACUGGAUGGACUGGACACUAUUGACCCACAAGGUCAGCAGUGUGCCGCCUGGUUUGGCCAGUGUUGUGAACUGUGGUUUAGAAUCAGCAAUCAACAAGGAGACUCAAGCCAACAGGCUCAACACCAAGCUGAAGAUGUAUGGUUAAAAUAAACAAUUUUGUGGGAAAAUGUC